UUGCCCGUCUCGUCGUUGCUUUUGUCCUCUUGACUUGACAAGCGCUUUCCCAAGCCUUGUCCUGAGCUUGAGACAAGGCACGUCUGCGUGGCUUCCCGAUGGCCGAACGAGGCCGCCCACGCGGACCUCAAGACAGCACCCAGCCGAGCCGGCCCCUCGAGGCGGACGAUCGACGCUACGCUCCCGCGAGCUACGACGGCACCUACAGCCCGCCAACUUCUCGAGCCAGCCACAUGGCUGCUGCUGGGCCAGUCGACAUGAGAGCCUACCAGAGCCAUCGUGGCCCUGCUGGUCCUGUGCAGUGGCUGCCACCGCCGCCGCUGCCUCACGCAGCCGGUCGACACUUGCAUGGCGUUGCGUCUGACCCUGCACUGCCCUUCCACCCGCAUGGCAUGGCGCCUCGCUACGACGUGCCGGGCCCGAGUUCUGCUCCGGUGCCUAGCGCGUCGCCUUCGCCGCACAUGUCGUACGCCGCACGCGAGCCUGCCAGCCGUCCGUCGUCGUCGAACAUGUCUCCGCGCGAGGGCCCGCGCAUGCCGAUGAUGCCGCAGCCAGACGGGCGCGACGCCGUGCCGGUGCACCGCAGCGUCGAGCGAGAGGCGGCGCCUGUCGUGCGCUACCCAAGCCGCAUCAGCCACUCGAAUCCGACGUGCAGCAAUUGCUUCACGACUGCGACGCCGCUCUGGCGCCGCGACGGCCGUGGCGGCCUCAUGUGCAAUGCCUGCGGCCUCUUCGAGCGGACGAAGGGCCGACCGCGACCCAUCAGCCUGAAGCAAGACGGCUUCAAGCCUCGCGCACGCCGGAGCAAGACCGAUGCGCCCAUGCCGCACAGCUACGACGCCGAGAGUAGCUCCCUGGCCGACGAUGAUGCCGAGCGAGUCUACGGUGCCGAGCGCAGCACCUCGGCACCAAGACCUCUUGCGAGCUUGCCCGGCCAGAGCAGCUCUGCCGCCAUGCCGCCUGUCUCCACCUACCACGCUGGCUGGCCGGCGAGCGAGGCUGCACAUCAGCACGCCAUACACGACCGUCGUGCAGAGCAGUUCGGCGCUCGUCCGAGCGGCCUCGUGCAUCCGUCCGACCCGGGCCUGGUGGACCGUGCCUCUCCUCGCAGGCACAUGUCGCGCCGCUCGAGCAGCCCGGUGCAUGUCCGUCAUGCCUCGUCUGGCCGCGACCUGAAGCGCGACGAGCGCACGCUGUCUGGCCCGAUGCCCGAUGCCCGGAAUGUGGCUAGACGCUUGUCGAUCCACCGCUCGGAGGAUAUGGCGAUGCGGCCGCCGCUGUCGCGCUCGUCGAAUUCCUCGGACAGGCCGCCGUCGUCGUCGUCUGAGUACGCCGAGGAACGCGGAGCUUCGGCGUCGGGCAGUCUGUUCGAGGCAUCUGCGCUGCCAUUCAGCGCAAGGCCGCCCAUGGUGCCCUCGCCGCCGCGUCUUCGCAACGCAGGCUGGACAGGUCCGGCCUCGACGAGCUCGACGAUCAACUUGCCGCCGCUGCACCAGGCGCUGAACAUGCGCUCCUCGCCGUGGUGGCCCGGAGGUGCGAGUGGUCCGCCGGGCCUGGGUCCCGAUGCCCCUGCCGCUGCGUCGUCACGCCUACCGGGCCUCAACCCGCUCAGCCUGCCGCCGCUGGCGUCGAUCGGACGACGGCGCAGCAGCGGCGAGGAGGACUUGGCGCAGCGCGACGGCCCGGCGCAUCCCGUGCCGCGCCGUCGGCCGAGCCCGCCUGACCGACCCUGGCGGCCGUCAGAGUAGCAAUGCAGCGAUGUCUGACCCCUGUCUCUGCGCGCGGUAGCGUUGCGUGUCCUGCUGGAGA